AUGAAGGCCACCAGCGCCGGAGCUCAACCGGCGAACCCAUCUGAAGGCGAACAGAAGAAGAGCGUAAAUCAAGAGCUAUGGCAAGCUUGCGCUGGGCCUCUGGUAAACCUGCCUGCGGCUGGGACCCACGUCGUUUACUUCCCUCAAGGCCAUAGUGAACAGGUUGCAGCAUCCAUGAAAAAGGAUAUUGAUGGACAAAUCCCGAACUACACAAAUCUUCCCUCAAAGCUACUAUGCUUCCUUCACAAUAUUACUCUACACGCUGAUCCAGAAACAGACGAAGUAUAUGCCCAGAUGACGCUCCAGCCAGUUCCUUCGUUUGAUAAGGAUGCAUUAUUGAGAUCAGAUCUAUUGAUAAAAGCAAAUAAACCACAAACAGAAUUUUUCUGUAAAACCUUGACUGCAAGUGAUACAAGCACUCAUGGCGGUUUUUCUGUACCUCGCCGUGCUGCAGAAAAGAUUUUCCCUCCUCUGGACUUCACAACGCAACCACCUGCUCAAGAGCUUGUGGUGAGAGAUUUGCACGAAAAUUUAUGGACAUUUCGUCAUAUUUAUCGAGGACAACCAAAGCGCCACUUGCUAACGACUGGAUGGAGCCUUUUUGUCAGUGGAAAGAGAUUGUUUGCAGGUGACUCAGUCUUAUUUAUUAGGGACGAAAAGCAACAGCUUCUUUUGGGCAUAAGACGGGCUAACAGACAACCAACCAACUUAUCAUCGUCCGUGCUAUCAAGUGAUAGUAUGCAUAUUGGAAUUUUAGCGGCAGCUGCCCACGCUGCUGCGAACAAUAGCCCUUUCACUGUGUUUUACAAUCCAAGGGCCAGUCCUUCUGAAUUUGUUAUCCCGUUAGCCAAGUACUACAGAGCGGUUUGCAGUAACCAAAUAUCGCUUGGCAUGCGCUUUCGCAUGAUGUUUGAAACUGAAGAUUCGGGCACAAGAAGAUAUAUGGGUACAAUAACUGGUAUUAGUGACCUGGAUCCUCUGAGAUGGAAGAACUCCCAAUGGCGUAAUUUGCAGGUCGGCUGGGACGAGUCAACUGCAGGGGAAAAGCGUAAUCGUGUCUCCAUUUGGGAGAUUGAACCUGUAAUGGCUCCAUUUUUUAUUUGCCCUACUACACCUUUCUUUCGUUCUAAGCGCCCGAGGCAACUAGGAAUGUCAGAUGAUGAAUCUUCAGAUCUAGAUAAUCUGAUCAGAAGAUCAAUGCCAUGGAUUGGGGAUGACUAUGGGAUGAAGGAUCCCCAAGCUGUGCCUGGCCUGAGCUUAGUCCAAUGGAUGAACAUGCAGCAAAAUGCUUCCCUGGCUAACUCAAUGCAGCCAAACUACUUGAAUCCCUUACCGGGGUCUGUUAUGCAAAACCUUCCUGGUGCAGAUCUUUCACGUCAGUUAGCUUUGCCGGCAUCACUCUCUCAGCCAAAUAACUUACAGUUCAACACUCAAAGGGCGUCCCAACCUGUACAGCAACUAGAUCAGCUCCAAAAGCUGCCGGCCUCCACAUUGAACCCAUUAGACUCCAUUAUACAGCCACAACAACUGUUGACGGACAUUGCACAGCCACCUAGACAAAAUGUAAUCAAUCAAACUUUACCUACAAGCCAAGUUCAGGCCCAACUUUUGCAUAUGCAGAGUCCUUCCCAAGCUCUUGUAAACCAUCAGCUUCAGAUAAAUCUUCCUCAAAAUCUUAACCAGCAGCAGAUUCUAAGCCACAAUCAGCAGCAGAAUUUCAUGUCGACCCAGACUUCGGAUCAUAUAAGCCAACAGUUGCAUGUGCCUGAGAACCAAAUUCAGAUUCAACUUCUACAGAAGCUUCAUCAGCACCAACAAUCACUUCUAGCACAGAAAUCUUCAAUGCAACAGCCGUCCCAACUAACACAAUUCCAGGAUCAGCAGAAGCAGCUUUCUGACGUUUCUCAGAACUUCUCUAGGUCUAUGUCAACCAGCCAAAUGCUGGAUGCAUCUCAAGAAACGUCCACUUCCGUCCCUCAAUCACAUGUUAUACCCCAGCAGAUGACAAGUAAUAGUCAAACUAAUCUUCGGUUUGCGCAUCCACCUCAGCAACUGAAACUACUACAACAAUCUGGCAUACUGUCGGAAUUGCCUGGACAAAUUGGGAGCGACUUAAACGCGAUGAACAGUCAACUGUCGACUGGUGGAACAAUCAAUUGCCUAUCUGUAGUGACCGAUGAAGUUCCAUCUUGUUCCACUUCGCCAUCCACAAACAACUGUUCAAGUGCAGUUCAGUCCAUAAUGACUGGUAGAAAUCAUCAAAGUAUAACCCUGGGGGACGAGAUAGCUCAUUCUUCUGCUGGUCUGUUGAAUUCUAGUAUUAAUUUAGAGCCAAUCUCUUCCAAUGGUAACAUGGUUAAUGAUUUGCAGCAAAAACCCAAUAUUGUGUCUUCAUUGAACAUAUCCAAAAGUCAGAACCAGGGAUUUUUAGCAUCACAGCCAUACCUCAAUGCUGCUGGAACCCAGCUUGAUUAUUUUGAUAGUUCAUCUUCAGCUACAUCAGUCCUCUCUCAAAAUGACGUCCAUCUACAGCAAAACAACUCAAUGUCAUUCAAUUCUCAGUCGAUGCUGUUUAGGGAUGCAAGUCAGGACAAGGAAGUUCAGGGUGAUCCGAGGAACAAUGUUCCUCUAGGGGCCAACAUCAAUAGCCAGUUAGGGAUCCCCAUGAUGCCAGAUCCAUUGAUCGCAAAAGGGAUGGCAGGAUCAGGUAAUGGCUUCUCGAAUGGUGUCACAUCAGGAGGAGACAUGCUUUCCAGCUUUGUUAACCCCAAGGAAACUCAACCCGAACUCUCAUCGGCAGUGGUUGCCCAGUCAUUUGGAGUUCCCGAUAUGACAUUCAAUUCAAACGAUUCCAUGAUAAAUGACAGCAGCUUCAUGAAUGGAGGUGCUUGGGCUCCAGCACAGAUGCCUCGGAUACGAACAUAUACAAAGGUAUACAAGCGCGGAGCCGUAGGAAGAUCAAUAGAUAUAACACGUUACUCGGGAUAUGAAGAGCUUAAACAAGAUCUAGCUCGUAGAUUUGGUAUAGAAGGACAAUUGGAGGACCAACAAAGAAUUGGUUUAAAACUUGUUUACGUGGAUCAUGAGAAUGAUGUCCUGUUAGUUGGGGACGAUCCUUGGGAGGAAUUUGUGAACUGUGUUCGGUGCAUCAAGAUCCUUUCUCCUCAGGAAGUCCAACAAAUGAGCUUGGAUGGAGAUUUUGGGAACAGUGUUCUUCAGAAUCAAGCUUGUAGCAGCUCUGAUAAUGGUGUAAAUUAG